CACACUCGUUUCCCAAUGCAGGCUCCAACCGCCGCCGAUCGUGAAGUGGACCCUAUAGUCUGGCGAGCAAUCGCCGGAAAAUCUGUCCAAAUACCUCUCGUCGGUUCCAGGGUUUACUACUUCCCUCAAGGACACGCUGAACAUGCAACUUUUACUUCACCUAGUGUACUGUCCCCUGGUAUACCUGCGUUUAUUCUAUGCCGUGUACUAUUUGUUCGUUUUCUCGCUGAAUCCGAUACGGACGAGGCAUUCGCUAAGAUUUUUCUGCAUCCGAUUAGUCUGAGUGAGGUUGAUGAAGUUACUGUGAGUGAGGAGGAGGAGGUUGAGGAUAAAAUCGUUUCGUUUGUGAAGAUUUUAACUCCGUCAGAUGCGAACAAUGGAUGAGGUUUCUCUAUGCCGCGAUUCUGUGCUGAUUCUAUAUUUCCUCGACUUAAUUUUGAGGCAGAACCGCCGGUUCAAAAUUUGUCUAUUAGGGAUAUUAGAGGUGGUGUUUGGGAGUUUCGACACAUUUAUCUUGGAACACCUCGACGGCAUUUGCUUACUACUGGUUGGAGCAAGUUUGUUAACAGUAAACAGCUUGUCACUGGUGAUUCCGCCGUGUUCAUGCGGAGAACUACAAAUGAUCAACUCUAUGUGGGUGUCCGACGAGCUAUUAAACGAAAUGACAAUUCCCAGAAGUGGACUUCCUCUUUUUUGAUGCAUGAACAUAUAAAUAGUGGUGGUAGCCCGGAUGUGUCUUGGGGGAUUAGAAAGGGGCGGAUGACAAUGGAAGCUGUUGCGGCGGUAGCGGAAAUGGCGGCACGGGGAGUGUCAUUUGAAGUAUCGUGUUAUCCACGGGAUGACUGGGCAGAUUUUGUGGUGAAGGCACAAGCGGUAGAGAUGGCAUUGAAUAUACCUUGGACAGUUGGUACGAGGGUUAAGAUGGUUGUGGAAACGGAGGAUUCAUCUAGAACGGCUUGCUUUCAAGGGACUGUUUCAUCUGUCAUUUUGACUGAAAGUGACCCUUGGCGUGGAUCUCCAUGGCGAAUGCUUCAGAUCACUUGGGAUGAACCAGAAGUUCUGCAGCAUGCUAACAGGGUGAAUCCUUGGCAAGUUGAGUGUAUUCUGCCAAUCUCACAGUUUCUUCCUCCAUCGAAGAAAAUAAAACUGCCUAAUGGGAUGCUAACUGAUGGAGAGAGAAGUCCCUUCCCUAUGACAGGGUUGGGUAGCUUCCCUAUGUCAGGAUUGGGUAAUCCUACAGUUGGACUCGGUAGCCCAUCAUUGGGCAAUUGUACAUCUUUUUCUGUGGGCAUGCAGGGAGCCAGGCAUGAUCAAGUUUGUGUAUCAAGUUUAUCAAAUGUUAAAAGCAAUAACCUUGGGUUGUGCACAAACAAUAGCUUAGAUGAAGAAAUUAAGGCAAAGCUUGACAGUGUAUCCACCAAACUGAAUAUUGGCAGUUCAUAUUCAGACAAUUUAUCACCGGAUAGUCAGAGCAGUGUGCAUUUUGGGGACAAUGAGCUGAUUACAAAAUCGGGUUCCAGCUCUUUGACAAAUAAUCGUUUUAGUACUUUCCAGUUAUUUGGUAAGGUCAUCCAUGUUGAACGUAUUGAGGCAUUUUUAGAUGGUUUUGGUUUCUCUGAAAGUGAUAAUGUUGAAGUGUUUAAAGAGAUAGAUGAUCCAUCCAACUCAAACGUCUCACCAAAUAAACCUUUUGACAAUCCUGAUGUCCAACAUGAAUGA